AAGAUUGUGGCUCAAGUUUAUUCGGUUGCGGUUCGUGCGCCCGCGCGGCGAGUCGAGUGCCGCGGAGAUUCCCCUGGCGACGGCGAGCUCGGCAAGGGCAAGGACAACGGCAAGGGCGAGCUUGGCAGGGGCAGCGGCCGCGGCAAGGACAACGGCAAGGGCGAGCUCGGCAAGGGCAGCGGCUCCGGCACGGACGACGGCAACGGCGCGGGCGAGCUCGGCAAGGUCGACGGCCGCGGCAACGACGGCGGCAAGGACGACGGCAAGGGCAACGGCUGCGGCGAGGACGACGGCAACGGCAAGGGCGAGCUCGGCAAGGGCGAGGGCGAGGGCAGCGACAAGGGCAUCCACCUCGAGCCCCACGAUCCAGCUGAUCAUCUCAUGGGGGCGGCCAUCUCGGCGUUGGGCGCCGCGCGCGAGAGCGCGGCGGAGUGCGCGCAGGAGCGGAGUGGGAACUCGCACAGGGAUGAUUGCGUUCAUGAUUGAGACAUCGGAAGAGGACGUCGAUGGAGCGGAGGAGAUGGAUGACGCGCGGGGUGGCAGGAUGAGGCAGAGGGAAGAGGGG